AUGGGCGACUUGUCCAUUAAAAGGCUAAAUCCUAGACAGCCAUUUGAAAUGGUACGCUUGGAUUAUGCAGCUAAUUCUGAGCUAAAAGAAUUAGGCAAAUUUUUCAGAGAUCAUAAGAAUGACAUUGAAGAGUAUGCUAAUAUGGCCAAUAUUACUUGGAAGUUUAUUCCACUAUACUCUCCUCACUUCGGGGGUUUGUGGGAAGCAGGAGCUCGAAGUACCAACCACCAUCUUAAAAGAGCUAUAGGUGAUACCUUACUCACCUUCGAGCGUUUUUAUACACUAUUGGUGCAGGUGGAAUCCGUACUCAACUCACGACCUCUCUCGCCCUUAUCCUCUAAUUCAGACGAUUUUGUUCCCUUAACUCCAGCACAUUUUCUUACCGGUAAAUCUCUCACCUCAGUGCCAGAGUAUGACGUCAGUACUAUUGCAGAAAACAGAUUGUCCCUUUAUCAGCAUAUCUAG